GGGCGCAAGAUAACAGCAAGCGCAGAAGACAUCUGACCCAGACACACAAGCGUAAGAUGUCCGUUGUUGAAAUCCCCGACGAAGGAGGAGAUGUUGUUACUGCUGUUGACUACAACGGCGUCAUCUUUCCCAACUUCGACCCCGACGUCAUCCGCAACAUCAGUUCCAUAGACAUCCGUGAUGGCGACAUCAUCCUCUGUGCCUACCCAAAGUCAGGUAGCCACUGGAUGUGGGAGGUCACUCGACUUGUACUGGCCGGUAGACUGGACGCUGAGGACAGAGACAAAAUGCUCACAAUGUUGGAGAGGUCGCCGGAGUCCGGGUACAUCGACCUCCCAUCUCCUCGACUCCUGAACACUCACGUGGGAAUCAAACAUUUACCUCCUGGUCUCUUCAACAAGAAGGUCAAGGUCGUCUAUAUAUUGAGGAACCCGAAGGACGCCGCAGUUUCGUAUUAUAAUUUCAAUAAGUCAGCGCGAGUGCCUUACAAAGGAGAUUGGGUGAAUUACCUCCGUCCAUUUGCUGAGGGCAAAUUCCAGUACGGGUCGUGGUUCGAUUCUGUCCGGGAAUGGGAGGAGGUGAAAAGGACGCACCCAGAACUUCAGAUACACACGCUGUUCUAUGAAGACGUCAAGGAGAAUCCACUGCGGGAGGCGAAAAGGCUGGCUGCGUUCCUUGACGUGGAGAGGAGCGAGGACUACCUGGAACAGGUGUGCCGCACGUGCAGCUUUGGCAACAUGAAGGCUAACGCUGCAUCCGAACGUGCUGCCAAAGCCUACAGGAAAGGUGAAGUUGGCGACUGGAAGAACUGGUUCACUGUGGCACAGAACGAGUGGUUUGAUCAGCUGUACCAGGAGAAGAUGGUCGACUGCAAGCUGCACUUCCGUUAUUCGCUGGACACAUCCGAAUGAGCACAAGCACAUUUACCACCAUUCGUAACUACUCGCCUCUUUCCGUGAACUGUAUAGUACGCCAUUAUUGUCAAGAAUCGUGGCAAACCAAUCAAAUCGCGCUUAGUCAAAUGUGAAAUGAGUCAAAUGGUUUCUUUGCGAUUAUCGAUUUUCAUUAUUAUAAAAUCAUCUUGCUACUGGUAUUUGUUACCGACAUAAGAAAGUUACUUAAAAUGCCUUUCGUGUUGUAUUAUAAAUGAAUUGGCGUUUGCUAAGAGUAGCCAUGUUUGGAAAUUCAGAGUUAUCUUUCCUUGGAAAUAGUCCUAGUCCUUUUUUAUCUCCGUACCCGUUUGGGCUUAGACAAGGCCCAGUCGUGAACAUGGCCACGAAAGGGGUAUGAGUCGCUAUCCGGCUUGCCAGAAUGACACGAGUAGUUACGAAUGAUUUGCCACGUAUGAAAUAUGUUCAGAGACUGAGUGAGUUGAACGGUUACCGAGGUAUGAGGCCUUGGGCUCGAUAUACAGACAUGUUUAUGAGUACGCGUUCACAAACAUUUUCAGGUUAUUUUCUCAUUUUAUAAACAUUAUACAUACAUAAACCACUGUUCUGGA